AUAGCAUAUACAGUCUAUGGUUUAUAGUCAAAGAAGUGGCUUUUAAUGCUACAGUGGUGGUAGCUAGCAGAAGAAAGGAAUUUCAUGUACCUUCAGAUCGAUUGCUUUGUAUCGUUUUUAUAUUUAUAUACUUUUACGCUUACAUCAAGUAUAUUUAUUUUUAAGGCUAUCAAACUGAUGCCUUGUAAAAUACUGGUGGUAAUUUAUCAUUGUUUAAUGCUAUUUGACAGCUGAAGAAGAGGUUAGCUUCCGUUUUAGCUUGUAGCCAUCAUCAAGUCUUCUUUAGUCGUCAGAGGAAUUCAUGUGCUUAUUAACAAGUACAUUUAAAAACGAAGUUCAUUUUGAAAAGGUGUAGGUCCGGUUUGACUUUACGACUGUAAUAGCAUAGUCUAAACAUGCAGUUUCGUCAUCUAAAGUCGAGAGGAAAUUAGCUUUUUGAGAGUGUAAAUAUUAAAUCUGUUUACAUUUGGGUUAGGGACGUGCAAUGGCUGCUUUUGGUUUUACCCGAGCCAGCAACGAAGAUGUUUUUAGCGUUAAAGUUGAAGACUCUGUCUCUAAAAUCAGCACCAAAGUCAGCGGGGAAGAAGUCCGACACUUCUACGAAGACCUGAUCAGAACCGAUGGAGAUGGAAGGAGAAACACCAAAGCUAGAAAGGAAUAUGGCCACGAGAGACAGAAGAACAGAAAGAGGAGGAGAGUCAGGGCUGCUGCAGUUCAGCAGGCUGCACCUGAAUCUGUCGGGACUGGAGGUGAAACCGAGUCCAACCAGAGCAGGGAGUCCGGGUCAGAGAGGACCCAGGAGCUGCAGGGACUCCGGCUGCUGCGUUGUGCUCAUGAGGGAGACACAGCUGGCAUCAGAGACCUGCUCUCAAAGGGAGCUGACAUUAACUACCAGGAUACAUUUCUGUGGACCGCUGUGAUGUGUGCAGCCUGGUCCGGACAAAGAUCUGCAGUGAGGCUGCUGCUCAGACAUGGAGCAGCCUGGGUGGGAGUGGUUGACACUCAGGGAAGGGAUGCCCAGGACCUGGCGUUAGAAGCUGGACACAGAGGAGUGUUGGAAGAGUUGAUGAACAAUGGGAGAAGUCCAGAGAGAGAAUCAUCAGCUGAUGACAGUGCCGUGCAGCCUCAGUGGUGCGCUACGUGUUCGACUCACUACAGAAGCAGCACUUCAUCACAUCUGUCUUCCACCCUGCACCAGUUCAACCUGCAUCGUCCGCCACCCACUCCCUACUACUGCCUUCCCCCGUCCAGCAACAGCUACAAGAUGAUGCUCCGCUGUGGCUGGAAACCAGGCACAGGCCUGGGACCAGAGGGGGAGGGGCCUCAGCAGCCAGUGCCCACUGUGCUGAAGAGAGACCAACAAGGCCUGGGUUACGGACAGACGAAAAAAGCCAAAGUCACACACUUCCGAGCCAAGGAUCAGGAUGCCGUGAAGCUGCCGUGCAGGGAGAGAACGGAGAUGGGACUGAAAGGACAGAGAAAAGAGGAAGCCAGAAGGAAAGAGCAAAGAGACAAAAACUGGGAAAGAGAUUUCCGUUCAUCGUUUUAUCUCUGAGCCGACGCUUCCAUGUGAGGAGGAGCUGCACCUUCUGCCGCUGCACUGAGCAAACACAACCUUUGUGUCAAAUAUGACUACUUUUGUUGUCCUGGGCUUUGUGUUUGCUCUGCAGGACUUGUAACUUAAAUGUGUCAGACUAAUAACAGGUUUUCUUUCAUUGGGAUAAAAAAAUAUUUAUAUUUUUCUGAGUACAAAAAUAAAGUUUUCUUGCUCUGUUUGGAUUUUCACACAUUAUGUAAGCUCUGGGUGAACCUUCCCUUUCCUUUAGU